AUGAAUUUAUCACAAAGUGCAGUUGCAUUUCUGAGCCUGUUUCUGUUAUGCUAUGCCCGAAAAACAAAGGCUUGCAACCGUGGCUUCCAGCUGGUUAUCAACCGCAUCGAAAACUGUGCCGGCGAGGGUCAAAUCAUCACCAUCGACCCAAAUUCCAAUGUCACGCUGACGGAGGAUUGCAAAGUUAAAUCCAAAGCCACGGCGCGCACCAUCGGAUUCCAAACGGCCGAGAUGCAAGUGACCAUCACCAAGAACGGGCUGCCGGUGUUGAAGGAAACGAUCGACAUUUGUGCGAAUUUGGAAGAAGCGGCCAGCAACAAGGAGGCGACAGAGAUCAUUACCAUGCUCGGUGUGCCAGACCACUGCCCGGUGAGUGCUUCCGAGAUUCGAACGGACGAAAGCCAAACGUACAGCCUGGAGAAGUACAAGCAACACUUGCUAGUGGCACAGGGAAGAGCCAUUAUCGACGUGUUGAUCAAGCAUGACAAGGGUGAAAGCUGCUUCAAGAUAGACUUGGACGUAACGGCUCCUAAUGUUCUUGCACCCGGAAGUGCACCCGUCCGUGCCGCCGCGUUGCAGCUACUUCCGGCGCUGGCCAAGGACACGAACGAGCUGGACCAGAGCGAUCAACGGCGCAUCAAGCGUAGUUUUGACAUCGGUGGCAUUCUGAAGACGAUCGGACUGGACGUGGACGUUGGUGGGCCGGCGUUAAACUUUAACUCACCGAACGUUACGCUCGAUACGCCCGUCGGAGUUGUCGGAUGCAUCGGAAGUCGUAGCCGACGGGAUGGUGGCGUACGGCGUAGUCCUGAUGCUGAAUCGCUCGAAACGAGCAAAGAACGGAAUGGUCCUUCGAACGUGUCGUUCUGA